CACUCGCAUCUCACUUGGGCUCUCGCUCACACACACUCUCUCACCCUCACGCACUCCUGAACUCCGUGCACUCACUCCCUCUCUCUGUCUCUCUCUCUUUCUCUCUCUCUCUCUCCCCCGUACAGAGCAGUGGGACCAGACACCACCAAGGCAAAAGGAAACAUGAGUUACUCCGGCGACAUUUACAGCAGCAGCUCCUAUCGGAAGAUCUUCGGAGAUGCCCCCCGGUCCGGCCGAGUGGGUCUGGGCCUCAGCAGCAGCAGCAGCCCGUCCCGCUCGCACUCUGCGGGAUACCGCAGCAGCCACCGCAACUAUGGCUCCCCGUCCUCCGCCAACUACCGCAGGACGGCGGCUUCUGGCCGCGUCUUCUCCUCCAUGCCGGACUCCGCGAUGGACCUGACCCAGUCCACCGCGGUCACCAACGAGCUCAAGAUCGUCCGCACCAACGAGAAGGAGCAGCUGCAGGGCCUCAACGACCGCUUCGUGUCCUUCAUUGAGAAGGUGCACAACCUGGAGCAGCAGAACAAAGUCCUGGAGGCGGAGGUCACGAUGCUGCGCCAGCGCCACAACGAGCCGUCGCGUCUGCACGAGCUGUACGAGCAGGAGAUCCGCGAGCUGCGGGCGCGCGUCGAGGAGCUGACGCACGAGAGGAGCCAGAUGCACCUGGACUGCGUGCAGAUGAACGACACGCUGGAGCACAUGAGGGAGAAGCUGGAGGAGGAGACCAAGCUGCGCGAGGAGGCGGAGAACACCCUGAAGGGCUACCGGAAGGACGUGGACGACGCCACCAUGGCGCGCCUGGAGUUGGAGAAGAAGGUGGAGUCGCUGCUGGACGAGAUCGCCUUCCUCAGGAAAGUUCACGAGGAGGAGCUGCAGGAGAUGCAGGCGUCUCUGCAGGCCACUCAGGUGUCGGUGGAGAUGGACAUGAGCAAACCGGACCUGACUGCCGCUCUGAAGGACAUCCGGGUCCAGUACGAGACCCUGUCGGCCAGGAACCAGACCCAAGCAGAAGACUGGUACCGCUCCAAGUUUGCCAGCGUGACCGAAGCCGCCGCCCGCAACCAGGACGCCGUCAAGCACUCGCGGGAGGAGCUGAGCGAGUACCGCAGGCAGGUGCAGGCCCGCACCCUGGAGAUCGAGGCCCUCAGGGGCCACAACGAGGCCCUGGAGAGGCAGAUUGCCGAGAUGGAGGACCGACACGGCGAUGAAAUGGCAGAGAUGCAGGACACCAUUCAGCAGCUGGAGGCUGCGCUGCGCAGCACCAAAGGGGAAAUGUCCCGUCACCUGCGUGAAUACCAGGACCUGCUGAAUGUCAAGAUGGCGCUGGACAUUGAGAUCGCUGCCUACAGGAAGCUCCUGGAAGGCGAGGAGUGCCGCCUCAGCUCCGUCGGCGGGGCCAUGGUCCAGUCGGGCUACCAGGGCUUCUCCUACAUGUCAGCCCGCUCCUACUCCCUGGGAGCCUACAGGAAGCCCGAAGCCAAGCCCGAGGAGGAGGAAGAGGAGGAGGAGGAGGAGGUGGAAGACGAUGGCGGAGAAGACGAGGAGGAAGAAGGAGAGGAGAACAAAGAGGAGGGAGAGGAGGGAGAUGACGGCGACGACCAGGAGGAGGGUGAGGGAGAGGAGGAGGAGGAGGAAGAGGAGGAGGACGAGAAGCAGAAAGAAAAGGAGAAGAAGAAGGAGAGCCCCGCCGGCAAGACCAGCAAGAGCUAAACGGCUAGUGUCCACGUGGUCUCCAUCAUUAUCAAUAACACAUUCUUCAUCCUCAUUCCAUUCACUUAUAUGGAUCUGGUCUCUGUUCACAUCAUCUCUGUCAAACACAACUCUGCACAUCGUCAUUCACAAGCAAAUUCACUUGAGUAGGGAGAGAAGGAACAACGUAUCACAAAGUCGUUAUCUGACAUCACAUUCAUUUAGAGGGAGGCCGAGAGCUAACGUGAUGCUUUUUCUGUUGCUGUUUGAAGAAGGAGGAUUUUUCCUCACCUGAAGUGACAACAAAUGUGCCAUUAACGAUCAAUAUUAAGAGCAAUUGAAAGUAACACUUUUUGUCGGCACACAGACUUUAAGAAAAAACGCACAGAUAAACAGCCAGUCCAACUUUUACGGUGCUAUUUGAUUUUUACGUGUAGAAGUUGGAGAGUACUGUAAGUGAAAAGGGAUGUGAUCAAUAGGCCGCAGCGCCGCCAGCUCAUCCCUGAAUGUCACCGUGGAACGUCGAGGGGAAAGACUGCUCUCCCACUGGAGCUGCAGGUCCAACCCCACAUGUCCCACAGACGGUGAAUGCUUUUCAGUCCCCUCUUUCUUCCAACCGCUUUCCAUUGCUCUCUGGUUCUGCGUCUAUUCUCACCGUGACAAACGGAACCGAUCUUCAUUCAAGCCGCCCUCCUCAUUCUCUUUCAUUCACUGCAGUUUCACAGCACGGCACCAAUGGAGCGCAGAAAUACUGUAUAUACAAGUGUGCUGGGAGGUUUGGGACGAGGGAGUGCAUCUUUGGGAAUGAAAAUGUAGAGAUUAAAUUGCCGCUAUAUAUAUAUUUUUGAUUCAUUGAUUGAUUCAUUGGUCAGGGAAAUACGACGGCCAACACUUAAGAGUUUAACGUUGAUCUGCAAGUCUGUUCUUCUUUCUCUUCAAUAAAAAAAAAAACUAUAACCAACCAUUUUUAUUUUUCCAUAUACAAAUGUAGUGGUGCUUUUGUUUUAUUUAGCUGGGUAAAGGACCUGGGGUGGCUGUCGGUGUCAGGCAGCUGACGAUGACACUGACGGCCCUCCGCUCGCACUGUAAGUGGCAGUUGAGGCUGAAUGGUAGAGAGCCGCAUUAUAAAAGGGCUACUUUCACCACGGCCUCCUCUAUCGCUCCUCUGACCCAAUUUUUUUGGCAUUUUCUGUUUGACAAAUGAAUCAACCAAUGGGCAUGAAUGCAUGGCCUGACUCUUCGAGCUUGAAUAUCUGCUGGAUGGGAUAGAUGUUUUGCUUGUUGUGUGUUUAAUUAAAAAACUUGCCUUAAUCAUGACUGAAAGUUAAAACAAACAAUGUGUUCCCCUCCAUCUCACUUGUUUUUUUGAGAGGCUGAGGAGUGCUGCCACUUUCCAGAACUCUGCUAUACAACUGUGAUUGUAGACGUGCUGCUAUCUCACUCAGUGAUAUUCCUCUCAAAGCCAAAUAAAGACAUUUAAUAACCGAA